UUGUCCUUGAAAGCACUUUGUUAUCAAUGUAAAAUUCCGAAAGACAAGUUAAAGAUAUGCGACUUAUUUUUAUUUCUUUAUUUCUUAAAUUUUCUAGUGUGAAUAUCUCAUCUGGAUACGACGAUAUAUCGGCACGUAAACCAACUAAACAAGGUCGUCAAAUAACGGAUGUGGCAGAAAAUGCUGUAGACAGAUCUCUGUCCACCUGUUCCUCUACUGACGCCUCUGAUACUGAUAAAAAUAGAUAUAAUCCAGCGUGGUGGUAUGUAGAUCUUCAAAAGAUAAAAAGUAUAUACGACGUAGAGAUUUACUUCAGACUUUAUAGUACCAGCUAUGAACAACGACAAAGAGAACGUAUGUAUGGAUACAAACUGUACAUCUCUAACAGUACAGCCUUCAGUCUCCUACACGAGGCUUACCUGUGUUACAAUCAUACAGGACCAGAUCUACCUGAUCUUAAUGUUACUCAUAUAUGUGUUUCUUUUGGACGAUACGUAAUUUUCUACAACGAAAGAGUUCAUGGUGUGCAUUAUCCGGGCGAUAAGAUUACAUAUACACAGUUGUGUGAAGUUAUAGUACAAGGUUGUGAACUGGAUUAUGUUUAUGGGAGUUUCUGUAAUGAAACCUGUCCAUCAAAUUGCCAGGAAAGAAGGUGUUACGUAACUAAUGGAACGUGUGUUGGAUGUACUGAUGGUUGGAUCGGAGAACAGUGUCUUGAUGCUUGUGUAGCUGGAUUUUAUGGAGCUGAAUGUAAAAGAAAAUGUUCAGACCGAUGCAGAAAUUCUUAUUGUGAUCAUGUAACUGGUUAUUGUGAGGGAUGUCGAAUAGGAUGGAUGGGACGUGACUGCAAUAAAUCAUGCAAUUAUGGGACAUACGGAGAAAAUUGUGAAAAGAAUUGUAGUGUGAACUGUGCAAAGAAGGAAAAUUGCGACAGAGAAAGCGGAGCUUGCGAUGACGGAUGUGUACCGGGUUUUAAACGCUCAAAAUGUGAAGAAGAAUGUGAUUUUGGUUCAUAUAGCGUAAAUUGUUUAAAACUAUGCAGUGGAAACUGCUUUGAAAAUACAACCUGUAAUAAGGUUAAUGGGGAAUGUAUGGAUGGAUGUAGAGAAGGCUUUCAGGGAAUUAUGUGCAAUGAAACUUGUGACCUUGGUACAUUUGGACUAAACUGUUCUAAAAUAUGCAGCAGCCAUUGUGUAAACAACUCCUGCCAUCACGUGACUGGCUCCUGUGAUAGUGGUUGCAUGCCCGGAUGGAAGACUGACAAAUGCUUCGAAAAAUGUAGUAAUGGAACAUAUGGUAUUAUGUGUAAAGAGAAAUGCAGUGGAAAUUGUUUGAACAUUAAAACAUGUCACUAUGUCAGCGGUUAUUGUAAUCACGGAUGUCAGGCAGGAUAUAAAGGCGAGAAAUGUGAUGCACCAUGUGACUCGGGAACCUUUGGCGAAAAUUGUUCGCGGAUGUGUUCUCUAAACUGCUAUGAUAUAUGUGAUAAAGUCAAUGGUCUCUGUAAAUGCAAAAAAGGAUGGGUUGGCAUUAAUUGUUCCGAAGUGUGUCCACCUGGUACGUAUGGAGAAGACUGUGGAGAGGAGUGUAGUGGAAACUGUGUUAACAACGAUACCUGCUACCACAUCAAUGGACAUUGUCUCUGGGGCUGCAUUGAAGGAUUCCGAGGGAAACGCUGUGAUCAACAAUACAAAUUAGUCGGUUUUCAAGGAUCAUAUAUGGAAGAAGGAGACAAAGCUGAUGGACUUACAGCAGGAUUAGUAAUUUCAUUAAUGCUGAAUGUCGGACUCUUAUUCUUAAUAGUACUUCGUAUCUUCAGAAAGAAGAAAACUGUAGAGAAAAAUGACCAACCUUCUUAUGAGAUCAGUGACAGAGAGGGUACUCAACGAAGAUCAACCUCUGAUUGCCAUGUUGAGAAUCAUGUUUACGAGGAGCUAAAUCCGUCGACAUUUAUCGAAACCUCUCGUUAAAUGAUAUGAGAACAAGUUCUGUAUAAUUCCUACUGAAAACAUUAGAAUUAUUUUGUUAAAAGAAAUUGAAUGUACACACAGGUACCGUAAUUCUGAAGAUGAUAUUAAAAGAUGUCCGAGUUUCUGUUUGACAUUAUCUAUGUGGUUUUUGGAGACUAUGUCUUCCAACAAUCUUUUGGAAUUCCCGUGGGGACCAAUUGCGCCCCGUUAUCAGCUGAUGUAUUUCUUUAUCAAAUGCAGAGGAAUUUGUCGAAAUCUUAUACGUGAACAGAAAAACGUUGCUAAGGCAUUAAACUCAAUAUUUAGAUAUAUCACCGACGUAUUGUUAACAAUUGUUAUUUCCAUUCUGAUAUUGAUACCAUAUAUUCCUGUGAGCUUGAAAUAAUAUAUACCACAAAGUCUGACUCAUCUGUUUCUUAUUUAGAUAAUUCUUUUGAAAAAUACCUCAAUGGUGAUCUGACUACCAAACUUAAUGAUAAACGUGAUGACUUUAACUUUUCAAUCGUCAACUCCCCUUACUUAUACAGCAAUAUGCUUUUAGCACCAGCAUACGUGAUUAAUCUCUCUCAGUUGACUCAAUACGCUAGAACAUGUUCUGUGUAUGUACGCAAGAGCAUGAUUUUUGUAUGUGCAAUUUCUUACAAAACGAGGUAGAUUACUAACAGAGAUAUUGAUGAAACAAGAAUAUCAGAAACCGCUUUUAAAGUAAUUCCGAAAGUUCUAUGGUCGAUAGAGAGACCUUGUCAGCAAAUACAAUUUAUCAUCGAUUCGAUUCCUGACUGACGUUUUACAUAUUAGUUGUUAGGUCUCCCAUUAAUUUGUUGAUGAAUUU